GUACUUGCGACCCUGCUUUCCUUUUCCCACAAUCCCUCCCGCUCUUCCUUUCUCACCCCGGCCGGGCAAGAUGGCUCCCGCAAAGAAGGGCGGCGAGAAGAAGAAGGGCCGGUCCGCCAUCAACGAGGUGGUGACCAGAGAAUACACCAUCAACAUUCACAAGCGCAUCCAUGGAGUGGGUUUCAAGAAGCGCGCCCCUCGGGCACUCAAGGAGAUCCGGAAAUUUGCCGUGAAGGAGAUGGGCACCCCGGACGUGCGCAUCGACACCAGGCUCAACAAGGCCGUCUGGGCCAAAGGAAUAAGGAAUGUCCCGUACCGUAUCCGUGUGCGGUUGUCCAGAAAACGGAACGAAGAUGAAGAUUCACCAAACAAGCUCUAUACGUUGGUUACCUAUGUACCUGUCACCACUUUCAAAAAUCUACAGACGGUGAAUGUGGAUGAGAACUAACUGCUGAUUGUCAAUAAAGUUAUAGAGCUGCC